CGCCAGCCCGUGGGGCAGCCCCCGGUGGCCUGCCUCGGUCUGUGGCCCUGAGCAGGUCUCGGGGAGAAGCUGGGUACCAAAGUGGCUCCUGGGCCCCCCAGCAACUCUGUGUGCUUGGCAUAAAUGCUUGAUCUGUGUGGUGUUGCCUGACCCUGUGUUUGUUUUGGUUUCCCUUUAAUAUGGGGCCACCCUUCCUUUCUCUGGGCAAGAGAGGAAGGUGUUUUGUUCUGGAUAAGAGAACCAGAGGGAAGACCACGGUGAAAUGUCCUGAAUCUGCCUGUCAGACAGUGCUGUGCCUCUGUGUUGCCUAAGUAGAGGCUGGUUGGUAAUUAGUCCCAGAGGCAUGGUCAAGCAUUUUUCCCAUAUGGUCCUCCCUAGCUGACAAAUGCUCAGGGAUAUGAGGAGCGUGUGCACAAACCAGACCAAGAUGUUCCUGCUAAACACUUCCGUCCAGACGUGUAUGCUGAUCCUGUUCCCAAAAUACUCUUAUCCUUUGCUUGUCAUGCACGGUUUGAAACUCUCGCAGAUAAUAGUGUCCUGGGAAAAUCCUUUUGGAAUUAAUCAAUAGACAUAAUGGCUUCAUGUAUUGUUCUCACCUCCUUGUUGGAAGCUGUACCCUGUCUCGGCUCUUCCCUCAAGCUUGAUUGGUGCUUCUGGGAAAGUGCUGUGCUCUUGAAACCUCGUUUAUGGAAAAUGAUACAUUUUUAAAAUAUUUUGACAUUAAUGGUCUGUAAGAUAACUCUCUAAGUGUGCAGCAUGUGAAGAUGGUGCUGAGAAACAACAGUGUCCUCUGGGCUGAGAAAUAUCCCCCCCUGCUGAAGCUGCUCUGCCCAUAUUUGCAGAGCCGCGUUCCUCUCAGCUGUCUGCGCUGCAGCAACUUGCUGAGCUCCAGGCAUCCCCUCCGCCCCUUCCCGGGGUCACUGUGGAAGGACCAUGGCAGACACCGGGGAGGGGAAAAAGGAGGAGGCUGAUUAUAAAAGACUUCACAGCUUUCCACUGAUCAGGCACACAGACAUGCCAGAGGAGAUGCGUGUAGAAGCCAUGGAGCUCUGUGUCACGGCGUGCGAGAAAUACGCUACCAACAACGAGAGCGCUGCCAAGAUGAUCAAAGAGAUGAUGGACAAGAAAUUUGGGUCCUCCUGGCAUGUGGUGAUUGGGGAAGGUUUUGGCUUUGAGAUCACUCACGAGGUGAAGAAUCUGCUCUACAUGUUCUUUGGUGGCAGCCUGGCCGUGUGUGUCUGGAAGUGCUCCUGACAUCUGGCCGGGUCCCAGACUGACUGCAUACAAGAGAUUUCUUCCUUCUCUUGACAGGUUUUGUACAAUCUGGAGGUGGGGCUUUAUUUUUAAUAGAUAAACGUCAAGAUUUUUUUUUUUCAUAUUGACGUAACAGUUCCGUGGGAUACAUAUAGUUGGUGCGUGUGUGUGUAUAAACUUGCUAAGCCGUCCUGUCCUUGCUUGUGGGAUUUCUCAUCUGUCUGUGGCUCUUUCCUUGGUGUUUGAGCCGAGGCAGGAAGGAGGUGGGGAGUAGGUAAUCUCACGACACGCUGCGGAGCCGUGCAGCAGCGCGAGGAGGGGGAAGCAAAAGAGAAAAGGUGCUAUCUAGCCCUAUGGAUUUUUUUUCCUCCCACUUGUUC